GUCUAUCUUCGUGUUUCAAAGGCACCAUCCUCUAGACGAUGGAUUGCAAUGCCAAGAAUAUCCAAAGCGUAUAGUCCAAGGUCGAAGACCGGCUGUCUGACUUGCAGACGCAUCAAAUGCGAUGAAACCAAGCCGAACUGCCUAAAAUGCUCUUCCACUGGCCGUAAAUGCGAUGGCUACGAAAAUCGCAUUUCUCUCGUUCCCAGUAGCCAUUAUCGGCUCCCUAUAUCAAGGGCCAGUCCUGGAAUUACAGGAAGUGAACGUGAAAUCCGAUCAUUCCAGUUCUUCUAUGAGAGAACCGUGCCUUCACUGGCGGGCUACUGUGGCUCGGAGUUCUGGAGUCGCCUGGUGCUGCAGGUCAGCCAGCAUGAGAAGCCCGUUUGGCAUGCAAUCGUCGCAUUGGGCGCGAAGCAUGAGACAUUUGAACGCAUGCCCGUCCUAUCUUUCAAACACAGUGUGCAUGAUACCUUCGCUUUGAAGGAGUAUCUAAUGGCUAUCAGAGCACUUCUGGGACCAAUGGACCGAUCAUCGUUUGAUUCGUCCGUUCAGUCUGCCAAUGAUACUUCAGGGACUCUGACGGUAGAUGUCUGUCUGAUAUCGUGCAUCUUAUUCAUUUGUUUUGAGAUUUUGUCGAGCCAUUAUGUUGCGGCCCUCAACCAUAUCCGAAGCGGCAUCAAAAUUCUCGAGGGGGUUUACUAUGACCCAGACACCGGCACUUAUCGUCAUCCCUUCCUCAACCCUUCUACGGCAUCGAGUCUUGAGAUAGAGAACUUGCGAAAGAUCUUUAUCCGACUUCAUAUCCAAGCUUGGACGUUGACUCGUGCAGAUGUAGACGACCGCUCCAUGGACGUAAUCCAGUCGAUGGGAGCAUUCCCUACUCAAGUUCCACAAUCGUUUUCCUCUCUUACCGAGGCGCGCGAUGUGUAUGAAUACUUUAAUUAUGUGAUGAGGGGUGAAUACAACAAAAUGAUUAGCACCGCCACUGCAUCCCAAGCAUCGGAUCUAUACGACUUUGGCCAACGCUGCAUGUCCCUUUUCGGGGAGUGGUCUGGGGCGUUAGAUCGAUUUGAACGGGACCGUGGUCCGUCCUUGACCACCAAGGAACGCAUAGGUCUGAAGAUCCUACAGAUCCAUCGAUGCGAACAGGCUAUGCUCUUGGAGCAACAUGCAUCAGGCAUGACGGACUCGAACCGCUGGGACCGAUACAAUUCGAUAUUCCAAGAAAUUACAUCUCUGGCUGCCUCUGUCGUUGAACUGUCGGGUGAAAGUGGCUCUGCUCCAUCAACCCCCUUGGGGCAGGUGAAAUUCAAGCCAAACUUUUCUCUCGACAUGGGGAUCAUAGCGCCUCUCUAUAAUACCGCCACUCUCUGUCGGGAUCCACUGAUCCGUCGCAGGGCAGUAGAUAUUCUACGGUCGGCGUCCCGUCAGGAGGGUGCCAUCAAUAGUUAUAUGUGGGCGAUUGCUGCAGAGAAGGUCAUUGCCCUCGAGGAAUCCGUGGCUGCAGAGGUUGGUUUGGGCUACGACGGGGUUGCCGCUGCGGCGUUGGAUGUCAGUGCGGGACAGCGGCGGCAGUCCAUAACGAGGUGCUCCGAGGUACCUGACAACGCACGCUUCUCGUAUGCAUAUCCGAAAUUUGAUAUCGCAAGCAUGGAGGUGUCUCUGACAGUUGAGCGAGAGAUGGGCGGACAGAUGAACAUUCCGUUGCCGGCAAUGACUGCAAUGCUGGAUGCGGAGGGGAGAUGAUCUCCUCAGAUAUAUACAUUUUUCUCACUGAUGAUGAACAUGGUGCGACAAUUACUGAAAUCACACAAAACACGAACCCCUGAUAUGAUAAACAGGUUAAUAAUGC